AUGCUUGCAAUUUACUUAAGCAAACAAUUGGUACACUUGAAAAUCUACGUGAAAAUUAUGACUCAGUCAGUAAGUAAACGACAACGUUAUGCAAAAUUAUAUUUUGAUGAAGUAGAUGGAGACAGACGAUUGAAUGUAACGGAAGAUAAUUUUAAAAUUAAAAUCUUUUUACCGAUAAUUGAUACAGCUUUAGCACAGUUACAUAAUAGAUUUACUGGGUUGAAUGAAGUGAUGAAUACAUUUGAGUUUCUAAACCCAUCAAAAUUAAAAAUUUCUGAGGAAUCAAGCAUAAUCAAGUUCUCGUAUGAUUUUGUAUUAAAAUACAAAUCUGAUAUUAAUUCAGACUUUACCAGACAAGUUUUAUCAAUUAAAUCACUAAUUGGUCCAGAACAAUCUGAUAUCAGAGACUUAAUACAUUUCAUUAUUCAAAAUGACAUGGCCUGUAGUUUUCCAGAUGUGUUAACUGCAUGUUUAAUAUUUCUUACAAUCCUGGUAACUGUGGCCUCGGCUGAGAGGUCAUUUUCAAAAUUGAAACUCAUAAAAAAUUAUUUGAGAAACUCAGUAUCUCAAAAUAAAAUAAGUAAUAUUGCUAUUCUAAAUAUAGAAAGUAGUAAAGCUGAUGAACUAGAUAUAAAAAUAAUAAUUGACAAUUUUGCUAAUGCUAAAGCAAGAAAAAAAAAAUGUUUUGUGUUAAAAUCAAUAAAAAAGAUUACAUAA